UUCACUUCGCGUCUAGUCUCUCUGUUGGGGUGCACGCGGAUUGACCACCUGUUUUUUUGGCAUUUUUUCCUUGGAUAUCUGGGAAGGGAAAAAGCUAAUCCACAAACAUGACUGACGCGCAACAAGAGGCCCGCUCCUUCCUGAGCGAUGAGAUGCUGUCCGAGUUCAAGGCCGCCUUCGACAUGUUCGACACUGACGGCGGCGGUGACAUCAGCACCAAGGAGCUGGGUCAGGUGAUGAGGAUGCUGGGCCAGAACCCCACGAGAGAGGAGCUGGAUGAGAUCAUCGAGGAGGUGGAUGAGGACGCCAGCGGCACCAUCGACUUCGAGGAGUUCUUGGUCAUGAUGGUGAGGCUGCUGAAGGAGGACCAGGCCGGCAAGAGCGAGGAAGAGUUGGCGGAGUGCUUCCGUAUCUUCGACAAGAACGGCGACGGCUACAUCGACAGAGAGGAGUUCGCCCAGAUCAUCCGCAGCACCGGAGAGCCCGUCUCAGAGGACGAGAUCGACGAGCUGAUGAAGGACGGAGACAAGAACUCAGACGGCAUGCUGGACUUUGACGAAUUCCUCAAGAUGAUGGAGAAUGUGCAGUAAAAUUCAGAAAGACAUUGGAAAGUGGACAUUCCUCCUCCACCUCCUCUUCAUCCUCCCUGUGAACUCCCCAUUCUGAAUCCCCCUCCCCAAACUCACCCCCUCCUGUCCACUGCCUCUUCUCUCCACCCGUACAGACAUCCUGAACAGACAGCUAGGGCACUCGGCAGGGGUCACUGGGGGUCACUCACUCGCUCUCUUGUGAAUGCACCCCGUGGAUACUGAGCUGAGACCCCCCCCCCCUAAAGAUCUGAUCUAGAUCUGGAUGGAUCGGCGGCCUGUCACCUGCUGCUUAGACCGCCUCAGUCAACCACUCCACUGUACAAAGACGUAACUCGCUUGAACAGAAUAAAUUAAUUAACUCAUGCUCACUUGUAGUUGGUCUGUCAUAUUUAUGGUCCGUGUACAAAAAAAUGUUUUGAGGAAUAUCAAUAAAAGCUGUUUGUUUCUUA